UGUUUAAAGCCCGUACGUGGCAGUCACAGAACGAUACAGCGUAGCCGAAGCCGGAGCGGCUCCUCUCCCGCAACAAUUCUCACGUACAACCCGACUUCCUGCACUCCUGCAGGAUACAUUGUGACGAGGGUACUCUUCAUAUCGUCAAACUCAUUGUGACGGUCGCGCCGGUGCAUUCGAAACAUGUUUACCGUGUCGGAGCUCGUUGUCUUGCUGGCCGUCCUUUCUGCCACCGCGUCCGGCUACUUCGUUAGCAUAGACGCCCAUGCCGAGGAGUGCUUCUACGAGCGGGUCAACUCCGGCACCAAGAUGGGCCUCAUGUUUGAGGUUGCCGAAGGAGGCUUCCUGGACAUUGAUGUUGAGAUAACAGGCCCUGAUGGUAAGCAGAUUUACAAAGGCGACAGGGAGUCCAGUGGCAAGUACUCAGUGGCCGCCCACAUGGACGGGACCUACAAGUUCUGCUUUAGCAACAAGAUGUCAACCAUGACACCCAAGAUUGUCAUGUUCACCAUUGAUAUUGGAGAGGCGCCUAAAGGCCAAGACAUGGAGACGGAAGGUGGUGAUGGCUGGGAUGCCCACCAAAACAAACUGGAGGAGAUGAUCAACGAACUGGCAGUCGCUAUGACGGCUGUAAAGCAUGAGCAGGAGUACAUGGAGGUCCGAGAGAGGAUACACAGAGCAAUCAAUGACAACACAAACAGCAGAGUGGUGCUGUGGUCAUUCUUCGAGGCUCUGGUUCUGGUGGCGAUGACGCUUGGACAGAUUUACUACCUGAAGAGGUUUUUCGAAGUGCGACGAGUGGUGUAGUGCGCUUAAAUUAUCCCUCUGUGUCCACCACUGUUUUCUCCAACACCAAGACAGUUAUUCACACUCUGCAAAUGAGACUGGCAGUUUGAGUAAAGCCCACAUAUGAUCGGAUCUCAGAUGUUUUUGUCGUCAUGUUACCCAUUCACUUCCUUCUGUAUAAAUGUAAUUGAUUUUGGAAUGAAUGGUCAAAAGGUUCAUUUGUUUAUUUUGUUUACCAGGCUUUUAUUUGUCCAACAUUGUUUGCUAAUUAAACUUAGAUACCAAUCACAGGUCAGUACAGUUUGGCCUGUAUGAAGUAGUGUGGGGCCCAUCAUUUUUUACAGCACUCAGAUGCAAAUGGCUUAGAAAUGCACAAAAGUGUGUGCAUGUGUGGAGUUAAACACAGGAGAAUGUAGCCCUAAUUUAGAUUUAAAUGGGAUGCUUUUCAAAUGCUAAAAAUGACAAAAAUGAAAACCAUUAGUUCCAAUUCCAGUAGCUCUCUGUCUGAGAUGCAGGGGGCUUUGUUUCCAAUGUCUAAGCCAAAUCGGACGGUGUUCCGUACUUGGCGUUACUGCUCACAAACAACAAAUUGCACUCCUGAAGAAUGUGUCUCGACAACCUCGAUAAGGAUUUAUAUUUCAGCUGAUCUUUGAGAGAAACUACAGGUUGUUGCUGUCUGUUGAUUCAUAGUGGGCCACAGGGGGCUUCAGUGGACGUCUUUUGUGGGGUAAACGGCUUGACUCCCUUUUUAGUUCAGAAAAAAGGCAACUGGCCUGAAAGGUCACGAAUUGAUUUAAUUUUCAAACAGCAAGAGCUGAGACUGGGUGGGAUUUUAACUGAACUACAAAAAGUGUAGAGGAAUUCUGAAAUACAUGUUACAUGUUGAUUGAGGCUGGCUGGGUCGGGGAGGGGGGGUGGGUCAUCUAUUGGAUGCUGUGUGCUUAAGUUGCUUCUAUAGUUUGUUUGGGGAUUUUAAAUUAUAAGAUUGUAUACUUUUUUCUUUUCUUUUUAUGGAGCACAUCCAGUGACAUGCAACUGAUUUGAUGAUGCCUUUCAAAUGAUAAACCCGUUUUGUUUUCCUCAUACAAGGUAAAAAAGCUUCUGUCCAAGGCACUUCACAUCUAGCACACAGCUACAGCAUCAGAAGGUGUUGCAUGUUCCUGAAUGUGCUCCAGUUUUCUUUUUAAAAAACAUCUUUGGUGAGCCCGGGUAGGUAUGCCUUUUUGUGAUUUUAACAAAAUCUGAUCGGUGGAUCUGUACAAAUGUAGACUGGUUGUCCGUGGAAAACGCCCCAGGUUUCAUAAUAAAGCCAAUAUUCUGUACAAUUA